CUAUUGGAUCGAGCAUGUAUAGAGUGGUCGGUGUUCUGCGCUGGCGUUAGUACGUGUGAGAGAGUAGGGUACGGUCAGUUUUGCCGAAAAUACGCAGUAUUCGUCGAAGCCUCAGCGUGCGAUAAGGUUAAAAGUUUGACAUGUGUACGACAAGGAGUGUGCCAUGUAUACAGAAGAAAUGAUAAUAUUUGAGUAUUAUUCGCACGAGUACUGAGCUGUCGCUCGUGUGCACGUUACGCGAUAACGCCGCAAGUAAUAGGAUCGGUCAUAGUAAUCGGUGAAUAGUAAUCAAGUUCAUAGUACAGAAGCACGUGGUGUUCAAAGCGUAUUGGUUUAUCUUAUCGAAUAGCGGAGAUAAUUUUCGCCCGAGUCAGAAGAUCCAAAGGAGAUCGAUCUCCCCAAUCAUUGCGACGAAUUGUCAUUAAUCCGCAUCAAAGCAACUUCCGUUAAAGUACCGGAGGUACAAUAUCUUUUGGGAAUAAAGGUGCCCAGAUACUGAUUCAUCAUGAUCGUGGACGACAAACCGGAGAUGGAAAGCUUUUGGGUCAUCAGCGCGAUCACCGCGAUCAAGGCGAUUUCGUACGUGUACGAUCUACUAACAUUUCCGGUAUGGCUCGUGCUUCAACGGCCUUGGGAGAAGAGGAAGGCCUCGCGAAGGAUCAAGGCUCGACCUAUCGCCAAGGAUGAGCACGGUAUUACGUAUAGGAGCGUGGACCCACCAGGAGAGAUGCGGAUCAACCUUGAACGUGAAAAUAUCGAUACGCUCGAGAAGGUGAUGGGUUGGAUCACUAAAAAACACGGUGAUAAGAAAUGCGUCGGUACGAGAGAGAUACUUGCCGAGGAAGACGAGGUUCAACCAAAUGGUCGAAUAUUUAAAAAGUAUAAAAUGGGAGAGUACAAAUGGAAAAGCUACACGGACGUGGAUAGGCUAACGACAUCCUUUAGUCGAGGCUUAAGAGAAUUUAAUCUUACGGCGCGUAAAAACAUCGUCAUCUUCGCAGAGACUAGGGAGGAAUGGAUGAUAGCAGCUUAUGGUUGCUUUAAACAGAAUUUGACUGUAGUCACGAUUUAUGCGACUUUAGGCGAGGAAGCUAUUGCUCAUGGAAUCAAUGAAACAGAGGUCGAUACCGUGAUCACUAGUCACGACUUGUUGCCAAAGUUUAAACGACUUCUUAAUGUGUUACCUCAAAUUAAAACUAUCGUUUACAUGGAAGAUCAGUUGGUACCUACUGACACAACUGGUUAUAAAUCUGGUGUUAGGCUCCUACCAUUCUCUGAUAUAAUCAAGACGGGUAACACUUCUUCUGCAUCACAAUUCCCGCCAAAAAGUUCUGACACUGCAAUCAUAAUGUAUACAUCUGGAUCGACCGGAGUACCGAAAGGUGUACUUUUGUCACAUUUGAACGUGGUUUCUGUGAUGAAGGCGUUUGUUGAUGUCGUUGAAAUUAGACCAGAUGAUGUGUUUCUUGGAUUCUUACCUUUGGCUCAUGUAUUUGAACUUCUUGCUGAGAGUGUGUGCCUUUUAAGCGGCGUGCCUAUCGGCUACAGUUCGCCUCUUACUAUGAUUGAUUCAAGUAGCAAAAUUCAAAGAGGGUCCAAAGGGGAUGCAUCUGUUUUGCGUCCGACUUGUGUAACUUCUGUGCCACUUAUUCUGGAUCGUAUCUCCAAAGGUAUCAACGAAAAGGUAAAGAAAUCGGGACCACUGAGUCGGACGCUAUUUAGAUUUGCCUACGAGUAUAAAUUGAAAUGGUAUAAACGUGGUUAUGAUACGCCUUUCUGUAAUAAAUACAUUUUUGGAGCUGCAAGGCAAGUUCUUGGUGGAAGGGUUAGGCUUAUUCUUUGUGGUGGUGCUCCUUUGACUCCCGACACUCAAACUCAGGUUAAAAUUUGCCUCUGUGUCACUUUGACUCAAGGAUAUGGCCUCACCGAAACAACUUCGUGUGCUACAGUUAUGGACAAGCACGAUAGAAGUACGGGAAGAGUAGGAGGACCAACUACAAUUUGUGAUAUUCGUUUAGAAAAUUGGGAGGAAGCUGGUUACAGAGUUACGGAUACCCCAUAUCCCAGGGGAGAAAUCGUAAUUGGUGGUGUAAAUGUUUCGGCUGGUUACUAUAAACUACCAGAAAAAACAAAAGAAGACUUUUUCCAAGAAGAUGGAAAACAGUGGUUCAGAACCGGUGAUAUUGGAGAAAUUCACGAAGACGGUUGUAUACAAAUUAUUGAUCGAAAGAAAGAUCUGGUUAAAUUACAACUUGGUGAAUAUGUUUCUUUGGGCAAAGUCGAAGCAGAAUUAAAAACCUGUCCCGUUGUAGAGAACAUCUGUGUUUAUGGAGAUUCCCAUAAGUCUUACACCGUGGCAUUAGUAGUACCUAACCAAUACUAUUUAGAACAGAUUGCCAAUGACUUAGGUAUCACUAACAAGAGUUUAGAAGAACUUUGUGAUAAUCCAGAGAUAGAAAAAACAGUGUUGCAACAGUUGGUAGAGCAAGCCAAAAAAUGUAAUCUCCAAAGGUUUGAAAUACCUGGUGCUGUGAAAUUGUGUGCAGAACAAUGGUCACCCGAUAUGGGUUUGGUAACAGCAGCAUUCAAGCUGAAGAGGAAAGCAGUGCAAGAACGGUAUCAACACGAAAUCAAUAGGAUGUAUGCCUCGUGAUGAGAAGACGUUCGCAAGAAGUGUAAUAGGUGAAGUGAUAUCGAUAUUCAAGCUUUCUAAUUUAGCAAAACUUCGAUAUUUUUCGCGAGAAUUUUGCGAAAUGUGAUCGAAUGUUAAUUAAGAACUUCAGAUUUGAAAAUGUGUAUUUUCUCUGUUCUCCUUGCUGGAAAAGACUUUAAUACCAAAAAGUCUACUUACAACAUAGUUAAACGUAUAUAAAAAAAAAAAAUUGAUAUAUGAAGAACUUUUAUCUGCUGGUGAAUAUUUUAUUAGUCAAUUUUUAGGGUUUCGUUCGAGGCGAGAAAUGAGUUUGAUCUUCAGUGGUGUGAGUAUAUAAAGAGCGUCUUGUAACAUAAUCGUGAUGCAAGGUAUGAGUGAUACAAAGUGCGGGUGUUUAUUCCGUGAAGGA